AGGAGGAGAACUCUAGUUGCCAUUGGCACUCGUGAUUUGGAUACGUUACAAGGUCCUUUCACAUAUGAGGUACCCUAACAAUAGAUGAUGUGUCAAGGUCGCACCAAAUCCUCCCCAGAAACGGACUUCAAAACCUAAAAUAUUCUCUAACGGCUACGAAUUCCCUCUAUAAAACAUCUAAAAAUCUUCUCUCAUACCUCAAAUCUUUCACACUCUCUCCUUUCUGAAUAUUUCACACAUAUCUUCUCUUGUACAAUUACUAUUUUUUCCUCAGUCUCUCAAUGGGUGGUAAAAAGGGUGGAUCCGGCGGAAGCAGCUUCAAUUCAGAAAAGAACAGUGCACCUAAUAUCAACAUAGUGGAGAUGAAAAACAAUGUAGACAAAUUGCUAGAAAAGAUGGAAGGGUUGAGUGAAUCAUUGGAUCAAUUUAAGGAGGAUGCAUCAACUGAGAGUAAUAGAGUAGAUAAACUGGUUGAGGAUGAGAAUACUGGAUUGUCCAAUCUUGUUGAAGAUAUAACCACGGACAUUCGAAAGGAAUUGCAAGCCGUGAGAACCACUGCAAACAAUGUCGAGACUCUGCUGCAUACUUUGGCAAGAGGCUUAAUGGAUGUUGGGAAUAUCAUCGUCAAGGCUCCCGGUUAU